UGAACCAGACCACCACCAGACAGCCAGUGUGGUCACGUAGGCUCACCAUACCGCAUGGUGGACAUAUACAUAUAUGUAUACUUUUAUUUGUAUUUAUUCGACAGAAAAAAAACGCAUCGUUAAAAUGCUCUAAUGGUGAAUAAAGAAGUGUAUAGUGUGGAGUUAACCGUAGAUGACUGUUUAAAGAAAUUUAACGGAUUUGAGAAUUAAGGAUAACGUAAAUCCAAACAUUUGAGCUGGUAGCCAGCUGCCCUCUCUUUUCCACUAUCCCCCUCGUCUAGUCUCUGAUAGGCGAGUGACGCUUACUUAUACAACGCAAAACGGCGCCGUUAAGACGAGGAUCCCUCGGAAAUUUGAGCCGCAUCAGAAGCACACGGAUUCUUUAAUAAUUGAACAGUUACUCAGAUUCAUAAGUUAAUAUAUUAAUAAAAUUUUUUUGACGCCAAAGUUAUCAGCCAUUGUCUCCGUAUUUUGAUUCCGAAUGACGAAUAUUGUUCAAGACGAAAGGGAGGGAGCGCGAUACCGUGCAACGUACUAUAGGAUAAAUUUAUUUUGAUUUAAUUAAUCGUUAACGAUUAGUAGAAGAAAAAUUUCAAGUAAUUACUUGAACGAAAUAACGGAUAAACCAAAAAUGAAGUGGUCACCGGGUGCUUUAUUUUGUGAGCAAGUUGGCGAACUCACUCGUGUUUUCUCACAGUGGAAUGAGUGCGAGCAAACGGUCGUUCUCUACGCUCUUUUACGUCGAAUACCAGCAGUUCAAGCUCGAUUUUUGGCACAAGCUGUACAGCAUUCUCUUCAUGCACUGUCUGAACUCGAUACUCAAGAGCUUAAUGCCAACAAUCCAGCUUUCAUUAAUUCACUGCUAUCUGAAUCAACUGAAGUUGCAAUUAAUCAACUUCUAGCACAUCUUCCUCUGUUACGCCCUGGUAACGUUGAGUGUAAACAGUGUUAUCUUGUAGCCAUUCCCGAGCUUGUGAGCCAUUGUGUAAGCACCGGACAGUUUACAGAACAGACACAGCAAUUAUUGAGUUACACUUUAAUUCAUCCUGCAAUAACUAGCCAAGAUCGACGAUCAUUGACCCAGUGGCUUAGACAUUUAGAAGAAAGAAUUAGUGGCACACCACCAAUUCAUAGUCUCGAAGAGUAUACUAAUACAACUGGUAGAUGGGAUACAACAUGGCACAAGAGUUCUAAACAGCAGCAACAGCAAUCAUCCAAGCAGUCUAGUUUGUUUAGUAAUCAAACAGGAAAUACAUUUAAUGUUCAGUUUCCUCCACCAAUAACUCGUCAACGUCGAUCAAAUAGCUUAACGCCACCAGUUGCUCCUCCACAUCAUCUCGAAGUUGCAGAGCGUACUAAUAAUACUAAUAAUGCUACUAGACAUAAACCCCGAAGCUUUAGUGUUUCUGGUGAUAAUUCAAGCAGUUUAAUCGGCCUUGGACCUUUAAGUCCUCAAAGCUCAUGCACUAGUAGCGGAAGUGAGGGACGUCUAGAUGAAGCAUCGAGUCGUCCACUCAGUAGUGGUAUGAGAGACGUACCACGAUGGCUAAAAACUCUUCGUUUACACAAAUAUAGUUAUCUCUUUGUAACUAUGAGCUAUGAAGAGAUGCUUCAGUUAACCGAGGAUCAAUUAGCCGAACAAGGUGUUACCAAAGGGGCACGGCAUAAGCUCGCAUUGUCAAUUAGUAAAUUACAACAACGUUAUACAAGUUUAAUUAAUUUAGAAAAAGAUUUAUUACAACCUGCCUGCGAUUCUACUCAGCCAGGAUCUUUUUCACAAGGUCCAGCUCUUCUUGUUUCUACUCUUGAUGAACUUAAUACUAUACUUGUCACUCCAAUGAAGCCGAGUCAAGAAGAUGAUCCCCAGGAUAUUCCUGCACAAUUUACUAAAGUUCUUGGAAAAUUGUGCAGUAGACUGGCUUUAGAUAGUGUAGAUGAUAACGUGUUGUGUGGUUGUAUUAGUAUCUUAGAAAAAGUUCUGCAACAUGACUGUUUCACACCGAAUCAGAAGGAGAAAGUACAGCAAUGGCGUAGCCGACUUGGAAAUCCACGACCAACACCGAAGUGGCAGCAUGGCAAUUAUAAUUAUAACAACAGAAGAUAUUGUAGUCCACAACAGCAUAAUCGAAAACCGAGCCUUAACCUAGGUCAUGUACAUUCAAACCAUUCACAAAAUAAUUUUAUGAUUAGUCCACAUAGAAAUAGCAUCUCAACACCAUAUUUACAAAAUAAUCAUAAUCACGGAAUAAACUCGAACAAUUUAAGAGCCAUUCACGGUGCAGAAAAGAGACCAAGUCUUCAAGAAAAUAGUUUGGAGCAAUUACAAAGAACUUUACAGCGAACAUUUAGUGCAUCUCGCGAUCAUUUUCUCAGUCAAAAUAAUACUUCCCUUGAGACAACUGAGCCAGAAAUAAAUUCAAGACUUGAGUCAUUAUGCCUACGGAUGACUGAACAAGCCAUUGGUGGAUUUGGUGAGGUUUAAUGAUUACUUUUAUUUUAUUUUUCCUAAAAACACACACACACACACACUUUGCCACAUAAUAACACGCUUGCGUAAGAAAAUAAUUAUAAAUAAUAUCGACACAGGGAAAUAAAAUAAUCCUCACGAAACAAAAAAAAA